AUGGCGGUCAGCAUCCGAGGCCGUCCGAGCCGAAGCAUUCGGAUGCGAGGUGAGACGAGAUAUUUCAAUCUGGACCAGAGAUUAGCAACCCUCCAAAACACAAAGCUGAACUUUCCUUGUGCCUGUUAGUUGCUUUCUCCUUGCUAUCCUUUAUUGAUUGUUGUGUCUGCUUUGCUUUGACAGGUCGGAAUGACAGUGGGGAGGAACAUGUACCACUCGAUCUUUCCAGAGGUGGGUGAAUCAGAUUGGAACAUGGAUUGUCAGCAUCCCAUUUAUUGAAUCGUAGAUAGUUAUCCUAUGAUUAAAAUGCUGCUAGCUAGCUACUAAAUGGCCGAAAAUCCUAAUGUAUCUGCAUACAAAAUCCUUGUUACUAACAUGGUUUCCCCUUUAUUUACAUUUAGCUAGUUAGCAUAGUUAGCAGUAAUUCAUAACAUGAUCAUCACAUUGUUGUUUUGAUGCAUCUGAUUUGCAGCAAUAGCUAACAGUGAAUGCGAAAUAGAUAGCAUUCUAGCUAAUGUCAUUCAUUGUUUCUAUCUUACUGAAUAUGGCUUGUAUAGCUACAAUUCAAUGCUAAUUCAAUGCCAUUGGCAUUGGUUUUCAACUAGAGAAAUGUGUCCCAGUCCCUUCCUUGAUUUUUGUAGAAUAGGCCCAUGCCUUGUAUUGAAGCUUAAUGCCAGCAGUUAGGACUAUCCUACCUUAUCAUCAUGAUCCAAAUACUAAGGAUCUUUAUUGCAUUGUUUAUGUUUUUGCAUCAUGGGAGAAAAUGUAACUGGCCUUUUUACAGGAAUACUCUGUCCCUGUGAUAUCCUAUAUUUCCUCAGGGACACUUCACACUAAUUCACUUCAUGCUCCAAAGUUGAAGUCACUUGUCUGAAGCAUAGAAUAGCACAUUCUGACCAUUGAAGAAGAGUCAUGUUUUAAUCAUGUAUAGCUCUAAUUUGUUUAUUGCUAUGCUCAGUCUAGUGAAGAAUUGUUUCACUUCAGGAUAGAAUAAACAUGGCAUGGUUGUUUUCAAACAGACAAACAUUGUGCAUUUUAGUUGAAUAGAUUUGCCUCAAACGCAUGUUUUGCAGUUAUCCCAAGUAGUUUUGUUGAAAUAACAACAUAGUACAAUUUGUUGAAUCAUCACAGGGACCUACAAAUAACAUCCUACCAUGGAUAUAGAACCUGUGGGUACUUUUAUUUACACCAGACUUUACAGUCGUGUGCUGUUACAAACUCUUCUUUCGGUGGGGGUACCUUUUAUUUAGGUGUGCCCUGAUCCCAAAUGUGUUUCUGUUUCCAGUUUAUUGCUGGUCACAUUCACUAAUGAGGCUUUGUCACGCUCAUGCAGGUCUCACCUGAACACAGUGUGUUUUGUUACUGGAAUGUAUUGGAACAGAGUUGAGCCUGGUGAAUAAACUUACUGACCACUUAUUGACCUUGAUUGACCUUGAUGUAUCAUUUCAGAUCCUUCAGACAACCUUCGGGAAAUCCUUCAGAAUGUUGCCAAGCAACAAGGAGUCUCCAACAUGCGCAAACUCGGUCACCUGAACAACUUCAUAAAGGUUUGUGGGGCAACAUCUCAGCAGACAUUAAGGGAUACUUCAGGAUUUUGGCAAUUAGUCCCUUUAUCUACUUCUCCAGAGUCAGAUGAACUUGCGGAUACCAUUUUUAUGUCUCUGUGUGAAGUUUGAAGGAAGUUACUAACGAGCGCUAGCGCAAUUGCUAACUAGCGUCAGCGCAAUGACUGGAAGUCUAUGGUAUCUGCUAACAUGCUAUCAGAUGCCCAUAGACUUCCAGUCAUUGAGUUAACGCUAGUUAGUAUUGGCUCGCGAAACUACCUCUAUCUUCCUUCAUACUGGACACAGAGACCUAACAAUGGUAUCCACAAGUGAAUCUGACUAAAUCCCGAAGUAUCCCUUUAAGUGUAUGUAACGUUUGAUUCUUUGUGUUUGGAUGUGAUCUUAUGAGUUUUUUUUAUUUUCUACAUCUGUUACAGCUUCUCUGCAAUGUAGGCCACUCAGAGGAGAAGCUUGGGUUUACACAUGAAGAGAUCAUCAUUUGGUGAGUCUUUUGAGAAAUUAAUCUCCACCAGUGCUACAUGUACAGUACUAGUUUCUCUGGGUUGAUUUUGUGAUGUUUCUACUAUACCAUGAUACAAAAAAUAAAGUGCAGAUUCAUUGUUCCUCAUUCUACUUUACCUCUCUCUCUCUCUCUCGUCUCUCUCUCUCUCUCUCUCUCUCUCUCGCUCUCGCUCUCGUCUCUCUCUCUCUCUCUCUCUCUCUCUCUCUCUCUCUGUCUCUCGCUUUCUCUCUCUCUCCACUUCCUUCCCCUCUUCUAGUCUCCGGUUAGCACUGUUGAAUGAGGCUAAGGAGGUGCGAGCUGCAGGCCUGAGGGCUCUCCGCUACCUGAUCAGAGACAGCGCUAUUCUCCAGAAGGUCCUCCGGCUUCAGGUAGACUACCUGAUCGCCAGGUGAGUGCUACAUCUAUGCUGUGUGUGUGUUUUAUGCCAAUGUUGAGCCCACUUAACCUUUCAACCACUAAUUGUGUAUUUUCCUCUCCAGGUGCAUAGACAUCCAGCAAAGCAAUGAGGUGGAGAGGACACAGGCUCUCAGGCUGGUGCGAAAGGUGAGACACCCCAACCUCUCCCUAACUAAAUUCAGUAAGAUGUUGAGGUAUGACCAGUUAUAUGUCUAUUUGUUAAACAAUAAAGAUCCCUCUGUCACCGGAGUACUACAAUGUGAGAUGAGUGUGAGACACUGAUCUGUCCCCUCUCUGCUGCCCCCUACAGAUGAUCACUGUGAAUGCACUGCUCUUCCCCUCGUCUGUCACCAACUCCCUCAUUGCCGUGGGCAACGAUGGGCUACAGGAGCGAGACCGCAUGGUACGCGCCUGUAUCGCCAUCAUCUGUGAACUUGGUGGGUGAGAGAGCAAACACACACAAACGUAUCUAUACCAUACGUGAUGUGAUGUUAUUAUAUUAUUAUAAUUAUAAUUAUAUGUUCUGGUUAAACCCUGUGUGAUUCCUUUGUUUUGCAGCUCUGAAGAACCCUGUGGUGGUAGCCCAGAGGGGUGGUCUCAGCACCAUUCUGAAGAACGUGAUCGACUGUCAGCUGAGCCGCAUGAACGAGGCACUCAUCACUACCAUCCUACACCUCCUCAACCACCCACACACACGCCAGUAUGUGCGCUCGGAUGUGGAGCUCGAGGUACUGACAACACACACACACACACACACACACACUCUCGCACACAAAGAGCAGCAUUCAUAAACAGGAAUUUGAUUAUUUCCUCAUUGAAUGCGAUUGUUCUUCUUCUUCUGUUUCUCUAACAGCAAAUCCUGGCCCCUUACACUGACUUCCACUACAGACACAAUGCAGACACGCCAGAGGGGCAGCUCAAGUGAGUGUGGAUGAUAGUGCAAUAUAUUUAAUUAUGUACUAUGCACUGUAUUUUAUGGAGUGUUGUAUUGACUGUUGGAAUCAUUUUGGGGAUUUGAAUCAUGCAUUCUGAUGUCCACCCCAGGGAAGACAGGGAGGCUCGAUUCUUGGCCAGUAAAAUGUCCAUAGUUGCUUCCUUUCGCUCCUGGUCAGGUAAACUUUACCCCUUCAUAUUCAAUAAUAUCUGAGUUUGAGUGUGUAUAUACCCUGAUGGCUCUUUACGUGAUAUUAGUGGUGUGGUAUAAACAUAGGAUGAAGAUGUCCCUAUCUGAUCCUACUCUGUCUACUUCUCACUCCAGGCAUCAUUAACCUGUGCAAGUCAGGCAACUCUGGAAUCCAGUCUCUUAUUGGCCUGCUCUGUAUACCAAAUAUGGAAGUAAGGGUAAGUACAACAUCAAAUAGACAUUAUCAGCACCUGACAACUGAGGUGAAAGGGAAUGCAGUGUCCUCAAGUUUACCUCAAGAUUGCUUUAUGGUUGUGCUCAAUAACGCAGAUAACAAUGUCACUCAGUUUAAUGUAGGAAUAAUGUAGAGCACACCCUAAAACUAUCAUUAUUUUCUGACUUCUCAUCAAAAUGUUAUACAUUUUUUAUUAGUGAUUAAUAAAGUCUCUAUUAAGAGUGUGUGGUGUAAACCUGGUUCCUCUCGACCUCCCACAGAAAGGCUUAUUAGAGGUGAUAUAUGAUAUCUUCCGGCUCCCCAUGCCGGUUGCGACUGCAGACUUUAUGGAAGCACUUGUCAGUGUGGGUGGGUACAAUGUCACUUUUUGUGUCUUUUCAAGUUAAUAGCCUUUCUUUUCUUGUCAUAUAUCUCAUGUACCAUGUAUUAUUAGGUAACAAAGUAUACUUGUCUAUAUUCCACCUGUAGACCCUAGUAGGUUCCAAGACAAUUGGAGGUUAUCAGAUGGCUUUGUGGCUUCCGAAGCAAAAGUUAUCCUUCCACAUCGAGCUCGGUCAAGGUAAGAACAAUCACUUAUUUGAACUCUCUUUAACUCAUGAUUGAUUUAGACAUUGUCUGCAUAAACUCAAUUUGUUCUCUUACUGCCCUCAGGCCUGACUUAAUGGAUAACUACCUAGCGUUGGUACUGUCUGCCUUCAUCAAGAGUGGACUUCUUGAGGUAUGGUCAUCAAUAUCAGAGGAUCAAUACGUUUGUGUAUAUUCAACCAAAUAGGGCAGUUGCAUAUCUGUCAAUAUUGGUACCUAAAGAUCCCACACACAAACUACUAUUGUCUGUCGUGUAAAGCCUGUGUACCUCUCAACAGGGUCUCGUUGAGGUUAUCACAAGCACUGAUGACACCAUCUCUGUGCGAGCCACCAUUCUACUGGGAGAACUGCUUCACAUGGUAACUCAACUCACUGUUCGCUCAGCUGUUAACAUUAUGUGAGGUCAAUGAACUGGACCAGAGGAGGAUAUGCUGUAGGACUUUUUGACACAUUUGUUUUUAAUGAGUUUUUAUGGUCCCAGGUGUUAUUGUUGUAACUGUUUAUUUUUGUUUCCCUCCCAGGCCAACACCAUCCUGCCCCACUCCCACAGCCACCACCUGCACUGUCUGCCCACACUCAUCAACAAGGCAGCCUCCUUCGACAUCGCUCAGGAGAAGAGACUGUGAGUGACAGCUACUUACCAUAGAGUACUGAGGACAUUCCUUGGGGUCACUGUAGACGGGGACCAUUGUGAGGAAUUUACUCUGUCGCAGACAGGAGAAAAGACUAUGACUAGUUACAUGAAACUCUCUAACCUAAUCCUCAUUAAACAAUGUACACUGAGUGUACAAACAUUAGAAACACAUGCUCUUUCCAUGACAUAGACUGACCAGGUGAAAGCUAUGAUCCCUUAUUGAUGUCACUUUAAUCAGUGUAGAUGAAUGGGAAGAAACAGGUUAAAGAAGGAUUUUUAAGUCUUGAGACAAUUGAGACAUGGAUUGUGUAUGUGUGCCAUUCAGAGGGUGAAUGGGCAAGACAAAAGAUUUAAGUGCCUUUGAACGGGGUAUGGUAGUAGGUGCCAGGCGCACCGCUUUGAGUGUGUAAACAACUUAAAUGUUGCUGGGUUUUUCACGCUCAACAGUUUCCCAUUUGUAUCAAGAAUGGUCCACCACCCAAAGGACAUCCAGCCAACUUGACACAACUGUGGGAAGCAUUGGAGUCAACAUGGGCCAGCAUCCCUGUGGAACGCUUUCGACCCCUUGUAGAGUCCAUGCCCUGACGAAUUUAGGCUGUUCUAAGGGCAAAAGGGGUGCAACUCAAUAUUAGGAAGGUGUUCCUAAUGUUUUGUACACCCUAUGUAUAUGCUACAAGAGAGUCCCAUAAAAUACAUUGGAUUUUGUAUUAUUAACACGGACACUGACACAACAGCUGUUUUUUUUUAAAUUCAGACGGGCGAGUGCAGCGGUCAACUACCUGAAACAUUUCCAUGAGAAGAAGAAGAGAGGACCCAAACCCAACAGCCUGUACCUGGACCACAUCAUCUGCAAAUCGAAGGCUUCUCACUACUGUAGAGACCAGUACUUUAGACCACAGAGAGAUAUCUUUGUCAUUAAGGUACAUAUCAAACCAUGCCACUGUGUUGCAACACAAGCUUCUUGGAUUUGUUGUAGUGGUAUUUGUAAUGCUGUCCUUGUUUGCAUUGCAGGACACUGAGGAUGCUCUCAUGAUGAACCUGAGAGACAGCCACAUCCUCAACCACAAAGAAAACCUGGACUGGAAUUGGGUUCUCAUCGCAACAAUAUUGAAGGUGAGUGGACCAGGACUGCAAUAAAUACUUAUUCCAGUCAGUAUCUUUUACAGUACUGUCUUUUGUUCAAAGGAGUAAAAAAAAAACUUCAUUUUUACCCGUCUGUAGUGGCCAAAUGUUAACCUGCGGAGCAAUAAAGAUGAACAAAUGCACAAGUAAGUACAAUGUUCACCUCCUGUUUGUAACUAUAGCAAACCAAAGGUUCUCUCUCUGUCUGACCCUGGGUUCUCUCUCUGUCUGACCCUGGGUUCUCUCUCUGUCUGACCCUGGGUUCUCUCUCUGUCUGACCCUGGGUUCUCUCUCUGUCUGACCCUGGGUUCUGUUUCUGCAGGUUUGUGCGCAGGCUGCUGUUCUUCUAUAAGCCCAGCAGUAAGCUGUACGGCAUCCUGGAGCUGGACCACAGUAAGGCCAGGCAGCUCACUGUGGUGGGAUGUCAGUUCAUCAAGUUCCUCCUGGAGUCUGAGGAGGUGAGAGGGUUUACUAUGAGGCACAACUCUAUUAGACUACUGAUAUUUACACACAACAGUGGAUAAUUUCACUAUCCAGACUUAUUAAUGAUCAGUACACAAAGUUAAACAACUUUUGAUUGAAACUCUUUUGAUAAUCAAAUAUUGAAUUACAUGACUUUACGUGACCUCUCUAUCAAUGUCCAACAGUUCUUCAACAUUACCUUUGUCUGUGUGUCAGGAUGGGCAGGCGUACCUGGAGGACCUAAUAAAGGACAUAGUUCAGUGGCUCUCCUCUUCCUCAGGGCUCAAGCCUGACCGCAGUCUCCAGAGCAACGGCUUGCUCACCACUCUCAGCCAGCACUACUUCCUGUUCCUGGGCACUCUCUCCUCACACCCGCAUGGGAUCAAGAUGCUGGAGAAGUGCAGUGUCUUCCAGUGGUCAGUCUCACCGUCCACUAGUCUGUUUUUCCAAACAUGUACUCUGAUCAUACCUCUUGGGAGAUCCCUAAUGUCUUGGAAUCUGUCCCAUUUAAAGGUGCCCGAUGCCUUUUUAAGCUGCUGCAGAGAGAAUUUCCUUUGUCCUCUUUCACUCUCACUUCAUCUUCACUCAAAUCAUUGUGUUGGAGUGUGUAUGGUACUUGAGCAGUACAUUGAUUCUCUGUAUCCUGUGCUCUCCUACUAGCCUGUUGAACAUCUGUACUCUGAAGAAUCAGGACCACCUGCUGAAACUCACUGUCUCCAUACUGGACUACAGCCGUGACGGGCUGUCCAGGGUCAUUCUGUCCAAGAUCCUCACUGCUGCCACUGACGUAAGAACACCACCACUAACACUGAGAAAACACACAGAUGGAAUUCGCACACAAAUGGAUAAAUCUUGGUUUCAUAGAGGUGGUCGGAGGAGCUUGCACAGGUGUUUGGAAAGCAAACUUAUGAGCAACUUGGUUUGUUGUGUUUUCAAUGGAGCAUAUGUUAGUGUUUUUGAGUGACAGCCUGUCCUCUUCUGCCCUCUUGGUGUACCACAGAACUGCAGGUUGUAUGCCACUAAACACCUGCGGGUGCUGCUUCGUGCCAACGUGGAGUUCUUCAGUAACUGGGGCAUCGAGCUUCUGGUCACCCAGCUCCACGACCGCAACAAGACCAUCUCCAUGGAGGCGCUGGACACACUGGACGAGGCCUGUGAGGACAAGGUGAGGGAUGAGGGGCCUGAGUGUCUGUUGUGGUGCCUUGCUAUGUGCUGUUCCCUGGGAACUGUUAUACCUUACAGUCUGUACUUUAGUUUAGUCCAGCAGCUUUUGACUCCAGAAGUGUAUUAGCUGACGUGUCUCUGUGGUGUUUUUUCCUCCAGGCAAACCUCCAUGCUCUGAUCCAGAUGAAGCCAGCUCUCACUCACCUGGGGGACAAGGGGGUCCUGCUGCUGCUACGGUAAGCUGCUGGGAGAAAACUCAGCUAUUUUUUGCUUUUCUGUAUUAGGUCCCUUUGUCUCUGACCUCUGGGAUUCUUAUCUCCAGGUUCUUGUCCAUUCCAAAGGGCUUCUCCUACCUCAAUGAGAGGGGUUACGUCACCAAGCAGCUAGAGAAAUGGCAGAAGGUACAUUUAUACUCAACCAAACAAUGGCAUGAAUUAUGAUUUGCAUCUUUUUGCUGUCACAUGAAAGCAUAGAAAACUCUUGAGUUUUUAUAUCAUUCUGUGUUUUGCAGGACUAUAACCUGAAGUAUGUGGACAUGAUAGAGGAGCAGCUUAACGAGGCUCUAACCACGUACCGCAAGCCUGUCGACGGAGACAACUAUGUACGCCGAAGCAACCAAAGGUUACAGAGGCCAAAUGUUUAUCUUCCUGUGCAUCUGUAUGGCCAGCUUGUCCAUGAUAAGACAGGCUGCCAUCUACUGGAAGUCCAGGUAACUGCAGCUACUUGAACCACUCACUAUUACACUAGUCAAGUAGCAUAUACAAGCACAAUGGGUUUAAACUCUUUUCCUCCUUCUCUUCAGAAUGUGGUUCCUGACCUAAGCUACACUGUCCGUUCCCCAAUGCUGGACAAGUGGGAGGGCAUCAAACAGCUAAAAGCAGCACUUUGGGCCUUGGUCAGUAUAAUGGAGAAUGACUAACUACCACAUCUGUUGUCAUCAUCAGAGUUCCACAGUUAUGUGCCAAUUAUUGAUAAGAUUCACACAUUAAAUAGUUUUCAUAAUAACAUGAGUAUGAAUGUUUUUCAACUGUUUGUUUCCAGGGUAACAUAGGGUCGUCAAACUGGGGGUUGAACCUCUUGCAGGAGGAGGGGGUGAUCCCUGACAUAGUGGUUCUGGCCCUGCACUGUGAGGUCCUCUCCAUCAGGGGGUAAGACACAUUGAUAUUUGAAACUCAUAUUCAAGGUGCUUCUAAUGAAGCAGCAUGCUUGUGCUGUCCCAUAAGAAAACUAUAUCUCUGUCCAGGAUCUCUCUGUAAUGUCUGUUUGCUGUCUCUGUGUAGGACGUGUCUGUACGUGUUGGGGCUGAUCUCGAAGACACGUCAGGGCUGUGACAUGCUGAAGCAGCACGGCUGGGAUGCUGUAAGACACAGCCGCCGGACGCUGUGGCCCGUUGUCCCAGACGACAUGGAGCCCCCCCCCAACCCUCCCAGCCUGCUGUCCUCUGUCCCCUCCAGCCUCAGCCUGGCCUCUGACUCCACCAGCUCUAGACACAACAGCGAGAGUGACUCCACACAGCCCAGUAAGUCUCAGCCCAGUUUCAGUCUGUAGUCAUCAUAAUACAACUGGUAUUCAUUUAUUUUUAACCUGUACAGUAUCGCCAAAUGUUUACUCCAUACUACGAAGAGUUAACCUUGAGUGGUCAUUUCCAGGUAUGUACAUCAUGGAUGAUGAGAGGCUGGAGAACUGUGACCUGUCGGACGAUCCUCCCAUGUACAUGAGACCCAAGUACAAGGACCGCAGCCCCUUCACCCUCCUGGCCUCCAGCCGCUUCCGCAACCACCUCCUCCACUCCCUGUCGCUCUCCGGGAAGAUGCUGCGCAGCACCAGUGACCCCAAGGGCACCACCAGGGACCACGGAGGAGGGAUGGAAGGGGAACAGGGGCGCAAACGCACCGUCACUGAACCCAGCUACACCUUUGGAUCUUCAGAUGUCUUCCCAAUCUAUAAUGACGGCCACCUGCCCAAAAGCCCCUCUGCCAACCUAGAAACUUCCAUUGUGGGCAGCAAGGCCUCUGAGAACCAGGACAGCACCCCCAGCUUUGGGGAGGGCGAGGAAGAUGGGGAGGGGGAGGGGAGGCUGCCAGGCCGGUCAGUGGGGGUAGGAGGGUCAGGGGUGGGGGAGAACCAGAGAGAGCAGACUAGCCGGGAACGCCUGGCUGGGGAUGGCCCGUCCGGAGGGGGCGGGGGAGCUCCGUUUAAAUCGCGCAGUCAGAGCUUCAACACGGACACGACCACCAGCGGCAUCAGCUCUAUGAGCUCCAGCCCCUCCAGGGAGACCCUGCCCUCCACCAUCGACACGGACGGUGUCAGCCUCAACAGUGUGAUCAGCGCUAAGACCAUCCAGACCCUGACUUCCCUCACGCCCCAGCCCCACACCACCCACCUCUCCUCCCUGUCCAAGUCCAGCUCUGCCUCCCUGGUGCCCCCCGGCUCCUCCCACACCCUCCCCCGCCGCGCCCAGUCAAUCAAGUCGCCCUCAUUGACCACCCUGAGCGGCCUGACAGACUGCAGCCUCAUGUACUCCAACUCCCGCGACGCGCUGGGCUACGCCACUCUGAAGUACGCCACUUCCUGUGACACGUACGCCAGUCAGCGUGAUGCACUGGGAUACGCUACUCUGAAGAGGCUGCAGCAGCAGAGGAUCCACUCGUCCCUGUCCCACAGCGAGGCUCUGGCCUCCCCAGCCAAAGACGUGCUCUUCACUGAUACCAUCACCAUGAAGACUGGCAGCCUGGACUCCAGACUCACCCCACGGUGGUAACAUGAACACACACACACAUUGAAACAUAUGCCUCCACUCACUCUGUCCCCCUUGACUCGUACCUGUCCACACACACACUCCCUUAAGAACUCCUUUUCUAGAAUCUCCCAUGACUACAGUACUACUUCUCUGAAUACUCUUUCUCAGCCCGUUCUUUUACUUCCUGUUCUUGCUCCACUCUUCUCUUUAGAUUCUCCUCAUUCUUUGAUGACAAGAUCAACUGAGUUUGACCUCUGCUCUGGCUUGAAUUCAAGUUGCAAUGAGGUUUUGUUCUGUAAUCUGCUGAAAUAUUGAGUGUUAAACGUACCAGGAACUUUGUUGAAACCAAAAAGCAUUACUCAUUCCAUUUGUAAACAUAGCAACAUUUCUGUCGUCCACUCUCUCAGUAGGCUUAUCAUCCCAUCCCCGGAAUCAUGUUCUUAAAAACGUCUAUUGACGCACCAGAGCAUUAAUCUAAGUAACGUAAUAAAAAAAUCCCCAUGAAAGUCUGUCAGUUUAAACUAGAGACACUAUAUGACCAAAAGUAUGUGGACACCUGCUUGUCGAACAUCUCAUUCCAAAAUCAUGGGCAUUAAUAUGGAGUUGGUCCCCCAUUUGCUGCUAUAACAGCCUCCACUCUUCUGGGAAGGCUUUCCACUAGAUGUUGGAACGUUGAGCGGGGACUUGCUUCCAUUCAACCACAAGAGCAUUUGGAAAGGGCCUUCACCAAACUGUUGUCACAAAGUUGGAAGCACAGAAUCGUCUAGAAUGUCAUUGUAUGCUGUAGCGUUAAGAUUUCCCUUCACUGGAACUAAGGGGCCUAGCCCGAACCAUGAAAAACAGCCCCAGACCAUUAUUCAUUCUCCAUCAAACUUUACAGUUGGCACUCUGUAUUGGGGCAAGUAGCGUUCUCCUGGCAUCCGCCAAACUCAGAUUUGUCCGUCGGACUGCCAGAUGGUGAAGCGUGAUUCAUCACUCCAGAGAACGCGUUUCCACUGCUCCAGAGUCCAAUGACGGCGAGCUUUACACCACUCCAGCCGACUCUUGGCAUUGCGCAUGGUGAUCUUAGGCUUGUGUGCAGCUGCCUGGCCAUGGAAACCCAUUUCAUGAAGCUCCCGACGAACAGUUCUUGUGCUGACGUUGCUUCCAAAGGUAGUUUGGAACUCGGUAGUGAGUGUUGCAACCGAGGACAGACAAUUUUUACACGCUUCAGCACUCGGCGGUCUCGUUCUGUGAGCUUGUGUGGCCUACCACUUCGCGGCUGAGCCGUUGUUGCCCCUAGAUGUUUCCACUUCACAAUAACAGCACUCACAGUUGACCGGGGCAGCUUUAGCAGGGCAGAAAUUUGACAAACUGACUUGUUGGAAAGGUGCCAUCCUAUGACGGUGCCACGUUGAAAGUCACUGUGCUCUUCAGUAAGGCCAUUCUACUGCCAAUGUUUGUCUGUGGAGAUUGCAUGGCUGUGUGCUUGAUUUUAUACACCUGUCAGCAACGGUCUGGCUGAAAUAGCCAAAUCCACUAAUUUGAAGGGGUGUCCACAUACUUUUGUAUAUAUAGUGUAUCUGUUUUUUUGCAUGGGCUGCGUCUCAAUCCAGUUAUCUGCCUAUGUCAGCCUAUCGCAUAGCGGUGAAAGGUGGCCGAGCUACAACAGUGUUUAUCAGAACAUGAGACACCGGAAAAUUGGUGUUCUCACGAAAACGUCUGUAGCAUCCGAAUGAUUUGACCUACAAACUAAUAUGAUUUUGGAAUGAGGUGUUCGACGAGCAGGUGUACCUUUCCUGCCUGCUAACUCACUGCAUGUCUUUUUAUCUCCAGGUUCCUGAAGGCUCUGAGUUUUGCCUCCCUGGACAAGGAGGAUCUGCUGAGCCCCAUCAGCCAGAGCACUCUGCAGCGGUCCUCCUCAGUGAGAUCCAUGCUGUCCAGCGCCACCUACGGCAGCUCUGAUGACUUCAUCGGCCUGGCGCUGCCUGUGGACAUCAACAACAUGUUCCAGGUACUGACCAUCGUAUGACCCCUCUCUCUGAACCCAGAUGCACUGAGCCCUCUUUCCCCCCUCAUCCCUCUUCCCCCCCUCCAUCCCUCUUUCCCCCCCCCUCAUCCCUCUUUCCCCCCCAUCCCUCUUUCCCCCCAUCCCUCUUUCCCCCUCUCCCUCUUUCCUCCCCCCUCAUCCUCUUGCCUCUCAUCACUCUUUCCCCCCAUCACUCUUUCCCCCCCUCAUCCUCUUUCCCCCCAUCCCUCUUUCCUCCCCUCAUCCCUCUUUUCCCCCCUCACUGCCCUCUUUCACCCCCCCCAUCCUCUUUCCCCCCUCAUCCCUCUUUUCCCUCCCUCAUCCUCUUUUCCUCCCCCUCAUCACUCUUUCCCCCUCCCCCCCUCAUCCCUCUUUCCCCCCUCAUCCCUCUUUCCCUCUCAUCACUCUUUCCCCCCCUCAUCCCUCUUUCCCCCCCUCUAUCCAUUUAUUUUACUUCUACUCUACACUCUACUAAGGAAAUAGAGGUUGUUUACCAAUAUGAUCUAUUUAAGACCUCUAUUUAAACUUGUGUCAUAACUCCAUCAUAUAUUUGGAUAAAGCUGUUGAGUGUUACUGCAAUGUGUUAAUUUUGUUCUGAUAAAAGAAACAACACCAUAAUUUCCAGGGGCCCCCCUCUGAGGACAGAUCUGCCAAAUUCUUCUCUGGAGACUCAGAUGGUAAGAAACAGGCCGGGGCCAACACAAUCUGUUUUCUUCAGUAAGAAGUUGUAUAACACUGAGUUUAGCACAGGGGUAAUGAUGACUCUGCUACUGAUACAGUAGGCCCGCUCAGGACCAACCGGUUUGAAUAAAAAGGGGAAAUGCAUGAUCAUGUGGAUAUGUGCCCCUUCUCCCAGGCCCCAGCCCUCACUCCCGGCAUGCUGUGCUUCGCUCCCAGCUGAGCAUCACCGAGCUGAUGGGGGUGAGCCGGGCGGAGCAGCAGAAGCUGCUGGGAUCAGAGGAGACUGGUCUACAGGAACACAACGAUGACAACUGUCUCUACUGCACCGGGCUUUCUGUGCUCGGCUUCAGCGCUUCCAACAGCAGCCCAGGUAAGUGGCAGAUACAAACACCAUACAACAGAACAUUGUGCUGUUUAUCAAUUCGUGCCCUUUGCGUCAUUGUACUUCCUUGUAUGUUUAUAUUAUUAGCAGUCAGCAACCAAUAAACCACUUAAUUAAACUCACCUUUCUCCAUCAGACUUGACGGAGGAACCCCCUUUCUCAGAGUGGUGCGAUCCGCCUGUGCAGAACCACCUGGAGGUCAUGGGCCAAACCAAACUGUCAGGAGUGUCCGGGUGCAGUGAUGCUGUGUCCCAGGGCUCCCCAGGAAGCAUCCGCAGCACUGAACUGGUUUUGGGUAAAUGUCAUGUUUUCAUUUUCUCUCAUACAAUGCUUUUCUCCAAGCGAAGGGUUUUCUUUUGUUGUUGAGGAGGGAUGGACUAACCCUACUGGCUCUCUGUGGUCUCUCUCCCCCCUCAGGAGUGAAGUCCAUCCCAGAGGAAUCUCCGGCCGGCAGGGUUCUCCUCAGGAAGGAGGUCCUGCGUCUCGUGGUCAACCUCAGCUCCUCUGUGGGGACCAAAGGCCAUGAGACGAACCUGCUAACGUAAGACACACACACACACACACACACAUACACACACACACACACACAUAUAGACACACUCAAACUGAGGUUGAUAUCCCUGGCUGUGUGUGUUGUCUUGACAGGAUCAAGGAGAAGUUCCCCUAUGCAUUCGAUGACAUCUGUCUCUACUCUGAGGUGUCUUACCUGCUGGCCCACUGCAUGUUCCGUCUGUCCGCACGCCGCUUCAUCCAGGAGCUCUUCCAAGACGUGCCAUUCAUUCCGGUAAACAACACACACAUUCAUAAAUAAUAAACAAUGCAUGUUGGCUGUUCUUCUAUUCACUUCUGUCUCUUCCUCAGAUGUACGAAGAGGCAGAGAGCAUCCUCUCCAAGCUGCCAAAGAACGGACCAGCCGACCCUCCACCUGAGCCCUGA